AUGGAAGCCCUCCAUGCGGUGUCCUUCAACCGCUCUUUUUUGGCCCUACCAGAAUUCCGCCUCUUCGUGUCACCUCUGUCUGAGGUGGCCUCAACUGAAGCGCCACCUAUUACGAUCAAUGGCACGACGAGGAGUAUAGUCGAGAACCAGGAGAUUCGGGAG